AUGCUUCGGUAUCUUCCUCGGGCGUUACGGCCAGGCGUUGCGUUUUGUCCAGCGAGACGUCGCUUCCACCAAGCCACUGGGGACUUUAUCAAUUAUGACGCAAAGCGUGUUCCGACCUCCAACAAAGUAUCCAUUAUCGCUGGCGAGCCAGGAGAAAGCUAUGUCUUGGUUAGCACGGAUGUUGGAAGGGCCUUCCAUGCUGCGUCCCUUGCCCAGUCCGAAUCGACAUCUGCCGGCAUCUCUAGCGAAGGCAUGGGUGAGACGUGCAAGAUCAUUUUUUUCCACGACUCGCAGCACUUUGGAGUUGCGGGAUUUGCUCAGAUGGCCGCUGCUAGCGCGCGGACUUUACACGAUGAACUUGAGAAGCUCAAGGAUAUGUAA